AACACACGUCAGCAUACACCCACACUCACAGGCGAGCACUCAGACAUUUAAAAAGAAUCUCAACUCAACCGCCUUUUCCAAAAUCUUUCGCCCUUGCUUGGUGUGAAUGAUUGUACAGUAUGUAUUUUGGUUGUCGUUUGUUGCUGUCGCUGCUGGUUCAGCCGGCGGGUCAGAGUGGCCUGGCUGGAGGGCUCGACUCGUCAGCCGACUUGAGGCCUACUGUGAUUCAAUCCUUGCCCAAGCUAGUGAUCAGAUCACACGCUAGAGUGCGCGCCCCGCGUCGACACUCGCUACUGUCGCCCGAUACGGGCUCGUGGAACCACUGGGGGUGAUCGUUGUCUCGUAGUACGGUCCAUUGCAGCGCUGCAGACACUAUUGCGAACCUCACUUUGUCGAUAGCUCCAGUACAUGUUGGCGGAAAUGGUGAUCAACAACGGAUUUCAUUUCUGGAAACUAGUCAUAGUCUUUUCUGACCUCGCCCUGGGAGUCGCUUGAAAACAGGCCAAGUUUUGAAUUAAUCGAGCUGCUAAUUGGAUUACUGAAAUCUUUUGGAAACACAUUCCGUUUGUGGCCGUGAGAUGGUCUCCUAGAGCGCCACCAUGAGCCGUGCCUCGUCGCUCUCUGGACUCCUGCCGCUGUGGCUGCUUCGGUCGCUUCAGCUCGGAACGGCCCCCAGGCUCACUUCGCUUCCUUCCCCGUUGCUAUCUGCCUUAGUGUUGCUGCUAGCCUUGCUCGCUCCCGCUAGCUGUCUUCGCUCAACGCCCGUGGAGCGCUACAAGACAGCGGAGUUUGUUGUUCCGCAUGAGAAUGGGAGUCUACGCUUGUUGGCUGUCAAUGUGGAGAGCCAGAAUGUCUAUGUCGGAGCGGUGGAUUAUAUUUAUAGCCUUGACAAAGAUCUGGAACAACAGCUGGAGGUGAAGACAGGGCCAGCGAUGGACAACCCAAAAUGUGCCCGCCCUGUCUUCAGCUCGAAAUCGUGCAUGUACGAGCUGAGCCUCACGCAUAACUACAUCAAGGUGCUGCUCAUCGACUAUGUCCACAACCGGCUCAUCUCGUGCGGCACGCUGGCCCAUGGGUACUGCGAGAAGCGCCUGCUGACGGACAUCAGUCAGAGAGACGAGCCGGUCAACGACACGCCCGUGGUCACCAACAACAGGACGGCGUCCACCGUGGCCUUCAUAGCACCCGGACCUUCGCCAAACGCUUCGGAGCCGCAGCCCAAUGUGCUCUAUGUGUCGGUCACGUUUUCGCUACAGGUGCGGGACGUGCCAUCUCUUGCAAGCCGCAAGCUGUCGGACUUCAGCAUGGCUUACGAAGACGAGAUCAAGUUCACCGGCACCUUCUUCAACUUCGACAACCAGCAGCGCCGCCAGUUCCCGGUCACCUACAUUUAUGGCUUCGGCUCGGAGAACUUCAGCUACAUGCUGGCCGUCCAGAAAACCUCCAGCGGCUCGGAGAACUUCCAGUUCCACUCCGUGGCCAUCCGGGUCUGUCAGAACGAUAAGGAUUUCUACUCCUACGUCGAGGUGCCUCUGGUGUGCAAGGCCGGCGGGGUGGAGUACAACCUCGUGCAGGCUGCCUACGUGGCGAAGGCGGGCAGGGAGUUAGCCUUAGAUCUCGGGAUCAACACUCAGACGGACGUGCUCUACGGCGUCUUCUCGGAGAGCAAGCAGCCCAACUCGGACAUGCCCACCACCAACUCGGCGCUGUGCGUCUUCCCGAUGGACUUCGUGCGGAACAAGUUCACGCUCAAUAUCAAGAGAUGUUUCAACGGCACGGGCAGCGAUGGAGGGAGUCACUUGGGCCGUACCAAGUGUACCCGGAACACGGAAUUCACAAUAACUGACGAAUAUUGCGGGUCAGAUUCGAACCAGCCCUUGGCGGGUAGUAUCCCCAUCGAGGGCCGCUCGGUGCUCAAACUGCCGGCCUCCACGCCACAUGUGAGCGCUCUUCGUGUGGCAGUCACUCACGCCUACACGGUGGCGUUUGUAGGCACCAAGAAUGGAGACGUCCUCAAGAUGUCUCUGGAGUCGAACCUGACGGGUCACGUGUACGAGACGGUGUCCGUGGUGCCGGGCCAGGAGGUGAAGAAGGAUCUGAGCUUUGACGAGGACCAGUCUCAUCUCUACGUACUGUCCGAGAAGAAGGUGGUGAAAAUGAAAGUGGCCAACUGCUCUGUCCACACGACGUGCACGGACUGCCUGGCUGCCCGGGACCCCUACUGUGGCUGGUGCUCCAUGGAGUUCAACUGAGCUUUGACAUCAGGCACCUCCUGGAGUUCCACAACACCCAACAGUACCGCUGUGUGUUCUCUUCGCUUACCGACCCAGGAGCUACCCCCGUGUCCACUAGUGCGGAGCGCAACAAGAACAACAAGAACAAGUUCCAGUGCUACACCCCGACCACCGACAAACUGCCGGCCUUUGCUGAGGGGAGAGAUUCUGUCAAGAUGAAGCUGGCAGUCCAUGUGGAUGACCAGGAACUGGUGCACGACACAGUCACUUUCUAUGACUGCACAGUCCACUCACGGUGUAUGGCGUGUGCCAUAAGUGAGUUUGCCUGUACCUGGUGUAUACAGAGCCAUUUGUGCACUGACAACUCAGCCAGGCACUGCCGCUCAGACGCUCAUGUGGCUGGGAUCAAUCGGACGGGGAGUGCAUCCAAUUCUAACUCAGGUCCAGGCUUUUGCCCCCGGUUCGAGAGUAUGGACCAAAAUACCGAGAUUCUGGUGCCAGCCAUGGCUCGCCAGGAGAUCCAGGUUCGAGCCUACUCCCUUCACCCAUUUCAGCUGAAUGACCUGCGCUGCCAGUUUGGCAUCAAUAAGGUGAUCAAGAAGCCGGCUACAGCGAAGAAAUUGACGCCAGACUUGGAUGGGGGAGCGUACAUUGUAACGUGUGAGGAGAUGGAGUUCUCCUACAUCCAGACCAUGAGCCGGAUGGACGUUCUGUUCAACAUCACGUGGGGUGGAGCUGACAAUCCUCUGGACAAUACACAGGGCGUCAGUGUUGUGAUCUACAAGUGCAGUGCUAUGGCCCAGACCUGUGGGGACUGUAUCACCUUGAUGUCCAAGUUCCAAUGUGGCUGGUGCCACGACAAUCGCUGCACUACCAGUUCUUUCUGCCCUGUAGCCUAUCAGAAUGAAUUCUUGGAGCAGGGCUCCAUAUGUAGAAAUCCCCGCAUCCUGAGUUUUACCCCCAAGUCGGGCCCUGUGCAGGGCGGCACUCUGGUCACCAUCAGAGGCCAGAACCUGGGCUCCAAAAAAGAUGAGGUCAAAGUUCAGAUUGACAUGGUGAAGUGUGAGAUUGUCAAAUUCCAGGCUCCCAACAUGACUGUAUGCCGCACAGAGGAAGCUACAGCGAGACCGAACUUUGAAAACCAUGUCAUGAUUGUGGUGGGCAAGGACUAUAGUGUCAUGAACAGGUCUCAUGACAAGUUUGCUUUUGUGGAACCCCGCAUCACAGGCAUCUCCCCCGAUGUGGGUCCGUACGCAGGUGGUACAUCUGUCACCGUGUUGGGUGAGCACAUGGAUGCCGGCUCCAACGUCUCUGUUAUGAUUGGCCAGAUCUACCCGUGUACACAGCCAAAGAGCUUGAACACCACUGCACUGACUUGCACAACUUCUGAAGCCCCGACAUCAACGUCCCAGGAUUUUGGCUUGACCAUGAAUAUAGACAGUGCUGUGUUGAGGCCUGCCGGAGUCGUUUUCAGAUACGUCCGCAAUCCCAACGUCACGUGGGUGUCACGUUUUAAGGUCUUACGCAGCGGAGGUCUGCAAGUGAAUGCCUCUGGGGACAAUCUGCGCAAUGUCCAAAAGCCUGAGAUGCUGAUGUGGUAUCAAGGCAAAGCUUAUAGUGGGCCGUGCUGGUUUCUGGCUUUCCCUGCCAACAACAUCACAUGUCUGUCCCCACUGAUAAGUGGCCUUGACCCAGUCUUUGACCAGCCCCUGGAGCUGGACUUUGGCUUCCGGAUGGACGAGGUCUCCCAACUGCAGCGACUCGGUGGCCAGGGCAAGAUGACCGUUUACCGUGACCCGAUUUUGGAGCCUUUCAAGGAUGGAGAAAAGACUCAUCAGCAGAAUACGGAGCUUCUCUUUCUGAAUGGUGAAAAUCUGGAUGCCGUGAGGGAGCAAGAUGUCAAAGUUCACAUCGGCAAGGUGGAGUGUGUGGUGACAUCAGUAGUGAGCACUGUCAUUAUGUGCAAGCCUCCAUCCACUCAGCCAGCCCCCCAGAUCGGCAGUGGGUUCCCACAGGUUCUGGUUGAGAUUGGCAGGAACCUGACGUACAAGCUGGGCUACCUGAAGUAUGAGCAGCAGCAAGAGCUGUCACAGGCAGCCAUCAUUGGCAUCGCUGUGGGCGUGGCCGUGCUGGUGCUCAUCAUGCUGGUGGUCUGCGUCUGCUGCAUCAUUAAGUUCCGCCGCAACGACGACAUGAUGAAGAAGAUGAAGAAGGAUAUGGACCAGCUCGAGUCGCGUGUGGCCAACGAGUGUAAAGAAGCAUUUGCGGAACUCCAAACUGACAUGAGCGAACUGGCCAGUGAUUUGAGUGGUGGGGGUUCAAUCCCAUUCUGGGACUACCGAACCUAUUGCAUGCGAGUGCUUUUUCCUGGUGUUACGGAUCACACUGUCAUCAGAGAGUUAGAGCUGGACUAUCGCCACCGUGAGGAUACGGAGAGAGGUCUCAAGAUGUUCUUCAACUUGAUACGCAAUAAAACCUUCUUGUUGAUCUUCAUCCGCACUUUGGAGUCCAAUCCUGACUUUUUUCUGAAGGAGCGUGUAAACGUGGCCUCACUGAUCUCUGUGGCUCUGCAGACACAGAUGGAAUAUGCCACUGACAUUUUAAAGACACUUUUGGCUGAGCUGAUUGAAAAGACGGUGGAAAAUCCAAAAGUUCAUCCAAAGUUAUUGUUACGAAGGAACGAGUCAGUGGCUGAGAAAAUGUUAACAAACUGGUUUACAUUCCUGUUGUACAAAUUUUUGAAGGACUGUGCCGGUGAGCCACUGUUCAUGCUCUACGGUGCCAUCAAGCAGCAGGUGUCCAAGGGCCCGGUGGACGCCGUCACCAGCGAGGCCAGAUACUCGCUCAGCGAGGACAAGCUCAUCAGACAGCAGAUCAACUUUAGGUCUAUGAUACUUCGUACUACAAUCGGAGUCCAUCCCUAAACAGAAGUGUCAGCCCACAGAACAUAAAUCUUGAUGUGGAGAACUGCAGGGUCUACCAUCUGGUGCGCCACCAAGACGUGGAGUCUAACAACAAAGAGGGUGAAAGAGGUGGCAAGAUGGUCUCGGAGAUCUACCUGCCGCGGUUACUGGUCACAAAGGGUACCCUUCAAACAUUUGUGGACGAUUUGUUUGAGCGCAUCUUCAGCACAACACACCGUGGCACGGCCUUGCCUCUGGCCAUCAAGUACAUGUUUGACUUCCUUGAUGACCAGGCCAUGCAUCACAACAUGUCCGAUGAGGUGGUGCACACAUGGAAGUCCAACAGCCUUCCACUUCGCUUCUGGGUGAAUGUCAUCAAGAAUCCGAACUUUGCCUUUGAUAUCUACAAGUCCAAUAUUGUGGACGCGUGCCUCACGGUGAUUGGCCAGACCUUCAUGGACUGCUGCUCCACCAUUGAGCACAAACUGACCAAAGACUCGCCAUCGGGUAAACUGCUCUACGCCAAGGAUAUUCCCAAGUACAAGCAAUGGGUGGCCAGGUACUACCAAGACAUCAAGAUCAUGCCAGCCAUCAGUGACCAGGACAUGACUGCCAUGCUGGCUGAGGAGUCCAGGAGUCACCAGAAUGAGUUCAACACCAACGCGGCUCUUCUCGAGUUGUACAAGUAUGUGAAGAAGUACUAUGAUGAUAUUGUGGCUGCCCUGGAGGAUGAUGAGUUCGCCAAAAAGAGCAAGCUGACCUACAAGCUGGAUCAGGUCUCAGCUGCCAUGGAAGGGACGACCAACUGCUAGUCUCAAGCGUUAACCGUGACCUUCUGACCUCUGACCCCUGUCCCUUCCACCUCUCUACCCACUGAACUUUCUCUGAGAGUGCACCGGCUUGGGCUGUCAGUGCAAAAGAGUGGUUUGUUUUCCCAGGACACAACUUGGCCUUGUGUGUCUGCCCAAAACUUUGGCACCAGCAGUUGAUGGGAAACAAACUCAGGAAACUCGUUACCCUGUGGGGAAUAUACAGAGUUGCUGCCCCUGUGGUGUGCCAUGUUGGUGUUUCCGCAGUGUGACGCAAGCAGACAGAACAGUACACAGAUGGUGAAAAAGAAGUAGAAGGUCGUAAUUGACUCGAAUGUAAGCAGACUGAACUACCCACCAAACAUUUUUAAAAUGGAGUCUAAGGAUGCUGUGUGUGUCGUGUUCAGUACUUUGCAGUGCUUUCGACAUUAGCUGUGGAUUGAAUAUUUAUUGGGCUGUCAGGUUCAUGAUCAAAGAUUGUGAGCUGGACUCUUCCCUUUGCCAUGUUCAACAAUGUGACCUUUUGAAUGACGUUUUCCUCAAUUUUCUUUCUUCCUCUGGGGUGCCAGCAUAUUCUUGGGUUGACUGCCUUUACCUCGUGUCAGGUUGGUCCAGUUUUUCCCUGUGUCAUCUGUUCUGCUUCACGCUCUGGCUACUGCAGCAUCUUUAGUUCUGUUGGCCACCAUAGCCCAAAGAAGGAACUCAGCACUGGCUCAAAGAAGGAACUCGCCAUAAGUUCAGUUGUUGUUUUCCAAGUGUGUACGCAUAAUGCCCCUACUGGCGGAUGACUUUUUCCUUACAUGUGCUUUUAAGUGAUGUGAUGCCGUCUUUUACAAAUAGGGGAGGGGCACUGAGGCAGCACAGAGCCGUAAUAAGUUCACUGCACAUUCUGCUUCUGUUCAUACUUCCCUCGAUUAGAAUCUGGAAAACUAUGACCCCUAUGGGAUCAAAGAGAAGAGUCACUGAUUUUUUUUUAAACUAAGACUUUUUUCUCACGGUUGUACGGUCAUGUGCCACUUUGGAAUGUGUCAGUAUUUUAGAAGAAUUUUACAGGCAUUCAAGCUUUUAAUGUACCUUAGUCUUAUCUGCUUGUGUAUAAAGGAAAAGUUUUAAGCGUGAAUUUGUAUGAAGUUGCAGGAAGCAGGAAAUAGUAAUUAUUUGUGGUGAUGCAUGUCUAUGAAUGUGUGCAUAUGGGUUUAUACUGAGUAAGGCGCCCAAUAGAAUAUUCAGAAGUCUGGAUAGUUGCGAGAUCUGAUUUUUAGUGUUGUAGAGGCGUACGACAACUUCACAAUGCUUACAAUUAUGUUUGCAACAUAAAUGUACAGCUCAAGAAAAUUUUGUGUCAAUGGACGUGUGUGUAAAAGUUGGAAAUCUUUUGGAAAUGAUAUGGGAAAGUUGUUGAGAAAAAAGUUUGAAUGUUGUCAGAGGAAAAGUCAGUGUGUGAGAAAAUUCAGGAAACUGUGGAAAAGUGUAUAAAGUUAUUUUGAGAAAAAUUCUGUGGUUGAAAAGCGAAAGGAGUAGAAAGUGUUUGGAGGUACAGUAAAGACGAAGAACCUGAAAGAACUCCUAGUGUGGGGCUCACAGAGCCUGGUGCUUUCAUAAGAUGACUUCACACGCUCCCUUUUGCUGUUACAUCGGACUGUUGGUGUUUUCCCUGUGAGCAGCGUCUGGUGUAUCUCUGCUUCACGUUCUUGCCAAAUUUGCUUCCAGGAGCAAUAGAUUCUCAGUUCUUUUAUGCUGGUGAUGGGUGCCUUGGCCCACCGAUUUCCAUCUCCAGACAUUGAUGUUGAAUAAAUGAAGUUAUUGGGUGAGUGAGUGAGUGUUGCUGUGCGUCUCAGACAGUGUGUUUUCCUGAGAUAGUCACACUGUCGGAGACUGCAUGCUGGAGAAACAAUAAUCUGGAGCUCACUGGAAGUUGCUUGAAUGUCUGAGAGAAGUAGUAUAGAAAUAUGAGUAGAUGUUAGAAUGUAUGGGGAAGGAAAGGUGAGGGAGUAUGUUUGAAUUUCUCACUGGCUCAUGAAUUUCAUGUCAUUGCAUGAUUUUCCACACCUCAAUAUAACCUUUUACUUAUGUUCAUUCGUUGAUUUGUUGAAGUUUUUUUUUCUCUUUGUACUCAGUCUGUAAAAUGAGCAAAGCUGCCAUGUACAUACAUAGACUUGAAAUGCAUUUUGAAAUGUUUUCAGCUUUGUAAACAAAUUUUUGUCUUGGUUAUGAUUGGGAUUUUGUAGCUGUUUUUCUUUCUCUUUUUUUGUAAAUAUUCAUUGUACAUACUGCUUAUAUAAUCCAGAGGUCGAGAUACUGCUUAAAGAUUUGACUUGAAAUGUCCAGCGUCUGCUUUCCUCCCAGCCUGUGGAGUUUAGUCAUUUGCCUCUAGAUAUGUCCUAUACUCAGUCAUGUUAUGUUUUAUGAGUUAAGUCUGACAGAAGUCUGAGGUGUUUUGUGGAAGCUACCACGCCCACACAAUAUGCCUGUCCUGGUAUUCUUAGUACACAGAUGUGUUUGUGUCUGUUAAGAAAAUCUAUACUUUUGUAUUGUGUGCUCAUAGAUGGUUACAAGUCAUACUGUUCCAUGUUUGUGCUGAGUGUUGUGUGAUGUUGUUGUUCUUGUUGUUAUGGAUCCAGAGGUGUUUUAUGCAGAAGUCUGCUCUGUUUUGACACAUCGUUUGUCGUCUUGGGCUCCCAUCUUUUGUUUAGAGUGAACAGUGUCGCUCACUUCCACUAUUUCCGUCAGUGGAGAUAAGUUGGGUUCUUUUUGUGCGUGGCGUUUGCUUGUUCUUGCCUUCUCACUGAAGGGAAAAGAGACUGACUUUUGAUGUGAAAAUUGUUUGCUUGGAUUUCCCCUCAUCCCCCUCUUUUUUCCUGGCCCCUAUCCAUUUUGGCAGCUUUAUGUUAUGUGUACAGGCUUGUUGUGCAUUUACCCUCGACCUUAUUCCAGGCAGGACUCUAGAACCGCAUGGCGCCGCAUUUUGUUGCUGUCACAAUGUUUUUCUGUUAAUCCCCUCACAGUUGGCAUGCCUUCACUAUAAGUUAGGGCAUCCACAUUCUAGUGAACUUCUGAUAUUCUAGAAAUAUUCAAUAUUCUGAAUGUUUUAUUUUAAUUCGGGGGGGGGGGGGGGUGUAGAACCCCUAAAUAAUGUCCAUUACAUGGAAUUUUGUUGUUUUUUUCACUGUGGGCAAGCAAUGUGGCAAUUCCUCUUUCACGUUUUCACUCUAUGACAUGUUUUGACUUUCGUUCCUCCCACCUGGUUUUCCUCCCACUCUUUAUGUAUCCACGGACUGAUACAUAAGUUCUGAGGCCUUUUGUUGACUUGUUUUGUGCCUUGUGGGGGACAUGCUCCUUGUGAGAGUAGCAGAGGCUGACUUCUUUCUUCCAGCCAGUUCACAGUUUGUCUAUGUUAGUACUUUAGUUCUUUCUGCUUUUUUAAAACAUUUUCUGUGUGACUACCAAAAGUGACUGAUGAGCACUCUGUUGUUGAAAAAGCCAAUAUUGUUUGGUUUGGGGGGGGGGGGUAGGCAUGAGGAGAGACUUCCAUGUUUUUCUAGUCAUAGAAAAUCAUUUUAUAUUUUAAUUUAAUUUUUCAUCGUCACAAAUUGGGUUGGGGGUUUUCAAUUUUGUGCUGGUUUUUUUAUUCUUGAGACUAUUUUUUUCAGCAAAUAUUCUUUUGGUUUUUUUUCUAAAUAAUUGCACAAAAUGGACUCUAGGGUACUCCUUUCUUUGGCCCAAGCAUAAAUGUCAUAUUUGUAGGCUCUAUUCAAACUUGUUUUUCUUUUAUCUUGCAACUUCCUCCCUGUACAAAAAGUUGAUGUAAAUCAUCUCAUGCGUUAUGAAGAUGAGAUAAAUAGAAAGAAUACAUCAUGGAUCUUUCUAUUUGUACCUGUAAUGGACUUGUUUCAGAUUUUUCUAAUCUCAUUCUGUGUGGAAGACCCAACGACAUUUGAGAUAGCAUAGAGCACAGAGAAUGUGACAACUUUUGUGGCCAGUUUUCUUUGUUAGUGAAGAGUAACAUUGAAAUAUCUGGUCCUUGUUCACUGUUCAUUUUCCAUUAUCUCUAUUAAUCAGUGCCACUAUGGAAAGAAAAAAAAUCAAUGCUGAUAUCGGGCUUCAGAGAUAUUUUGCUUCAUUAUUUUAUUGCAAUUGUAAGUCACAAAAUGUAUAACUGCACUAUGAAAAAUUAUUAUGGUUUUUAGACUUACUGAUUUUUAGUAAAGAAAACUGCUGAAUGAUGCUCUCAGUUUUACAAAGACCUUAUGUGAAUAUGUUACGUGCAAAAUGUUGUAUCUAGACACAAGAAAGCAGAGACCCAUUCUUCAGUGUUAGAUUUAAGGUAAUGGAAAGCCGGAGGUUGCAUUGAACAAGCAGGCAGUUCUGUUCUGUAUCCGUUUUGCCCCUAUUUGAAAAGCUCAACUGUUUCUUCUUCUGCUGUGGUAUCCUUGUGCAUGUCUGUGCUGGGAAACUCUACAGACCUUGUUGCCUUCUUUCCUGUGUGUUGGAAGAUUCUGUGUCACUCGAGACUUUGCUGUGUAAGUUUAUGUCUACAGUUGUGUCUUGUCACAGAUGUGCUUGUAUCUUUUCCCUUGAGGUCAGUCCCAUGGGGGCCCGAAGGGAUACAAGUUCCCACUGCAAUGACUGAACAUCCGCAAAGAAAUAAUUACUUAUGUGCUUGAUUUGGUGAAUUGUGGUCCUGGGAGCAGGUUUGGUUGGAACACCUGUGGCAGGAACAUACACUGGUGUCUGUGAUUUUUUCUCCUAUCCCACCGAGAGACUUUGAGUGAUGAAGCACAAUAUGAUAUUCUGUAGAAAAUUCUCAUUGGUUUUCUCCUCUGUUCUUUUCUUUGAUAUUGGACGUUAAUGUAAAGAAUAGAAUCUCUAAAGGGAAAUGUGUAAAAGUGGUGUAAAGUCUAUGCCUUGAAACAGGUUAGAAAUGACUCAGAUGAUACUGAUUUUGUAUCCGUGUGAGUUCAUGGGUUCCUGUCCUUUGGACCAUCAUAAUCGUAUGUAGGGACUGAGUAUGUCUACAGCUAUGUGUGGCAACUUUUUUUUAUAAUCUUUCCCGACGUUUUGGCCUUGUAUGUAAAAAAAAAAGAAGAAUUGUGAAGUAAUAAGAUCGUGAAGACAUCAGCAGGUGUUAUAUUGUUAUAAUGAUCUGAGAAAUACUAGUUUUAAGAAAUACACAGUUAAAGAAAAACCUACAAGGAAAUCAGAUAUAAUUAUAAUCUAUGUUUUGACAGGAUGCAAUAGACCAAAGGAUUGAGUGCUUUCCACUGGUGAGUUGUUAAGUCACGUCUUAAGGUGCAUGAAAAUGUAGUAAAAUAGGCCUAGAUUUCGGGCCUUCUCAUCUGGUUUUGUCCAUUGAUGAAUAUUAAUCAGGAAUUGUUCCUAUUUUCAUACUGCUGCACACAAGCAGUGAGGACGAGGACACUGAUGCUGGAACUUUUGCUUCUAAGUCUUCUUUUGUUUUUUGUUUUUUUACUUUGUCAUUAUUCGGUGUAGACGUCCAGUGAGCAUGUGAACAUAUGUGAUUCUUGCUGGUUUGGAGAUGAACCGCUUUCCUGAUUGUCAUUUGAGAUAUUUUGCUAUUACAUUCAUAUACCAUAAUCCUCAACCAUAGAUCUAUGAUGGUGAUCAUAAAUUGUACUGCUGUGCUCUUUUUUUUCAUGUUUUACUCAGUAAUGGUACUUUGAGAGAGAUUGUCGAAAAGGGUGUGCUGUCCUUCUGUUUUAUGAAAUGGGUUUUUCUUUAUCUGAAUAGAAUGUAUGGGUUGUAGUGUGGAAAUGGAUUUGAGUUUGCUGGGCAGUUUAUUUGAUUGUGUAUGUAUAAAAAGAGCUGAAGUGUUGGGGGAGGGGGGGGGUGUUUGUGUGUGUGUGUGUGUGUGCGUAUGUGUGUAGGAGGGGGGGGUGUUUGUGUGUGUGUGUGUAUGCUUAUGUGUGUAGGAGGGGGGGGGGGCAUGUACAUGUACAUAAACCAUGUAUGUCAAUCGUCUGGUUCAGGGCAAUGAGCCAUGUUGACAGUUCCCUGAUCUUCCAGCUUCACAUUGGUGCUUUACUGUAUUUCUAUGCAGUCUAUGAUUCUUUUUCUGAACUCUUGAUUUGUUUUGUUCUGUUGUGUUUUUGUGACCGACCAGUUUCAGUGUCAAGAUUGUAAUUUAUAUGCCUUGGUAGCAUCACCUAUACUUAGCUCAGCCACAACUGUGGGAUGUUUUAAGUCAUUUUUGUUUUCUUUGUGUGUGGGGGGGGGGGGGGGGUGAAAGUUUUGUUACCAUCUGCCUGGGGUUGUAUUUUCCUAAUAAUAUAUGGGGGGCGAAAAGGUUCGCUUUAUUAGCAAUGUUGCUUGUUUGGUUGGUUUUGUUUUUGGUUUUUAUGUUUUGUUUGGUUGUUGUUUUUUUAUGGGUGGGGGGGGGGGGGGGGUUCCAUGAAUUGUAGUAUGGAUUACUUCAGCAACUUCAAAUUGUUUCGAGCGGUAUCAUAGCCAAACAUACAUAUGUCCAUAAAUGCUUAGAUUGUGAGCCGACCAUAAGUUGAUAUGUGCAGUAGUAAAGAUGUUCACCCCCACAAAAAAGUGACCCACAUAAUCCAUCCUGCUGUUGCCACUCUUUGAUAUGACUGAGUUCAUAGGAGACUGUGUCUACGCUCGUAGUUUGGCACAGUCAGAACAGUUGGAGUGUUGUUUAGGUGUUGUUUCUGUCAGCAAGAGCUAAUUAACUUUCAAUGAGUUCAAAAGUUUAAAAAGUGCUUAUAUGUAUCAUCAUUUAUAGUUUUUUAAUUUAUAUUUAUAGUUGAUAGAGAAGUGUGUGGCGACGUGGUGGAAUCGGGCGCUCGUCAAUUUUUGGGCAUGUGGAGUUAUCAGUUUCAUUUUAAAGCUUGUUCAGUUGCCUUGCUAUGGGUGAAAAAAAAUGCCCAUCUAUUUUGAAUAGAAGUCAAGAUAAUUGAGACUGAGAAACGUGAAGUCUCCUGGUUUGAAAAGUAGAAUUAGCGAGAAAAUGGCAGCCAAAGUUUGGUUAUUUCCAAAGCUUGAUAGUCCUUGGAAACUGAAAAUUUACAUUUUUUGUGCCUUUAAUCGACAUUUUUCAGUAAAUCCCACCCAAAAAUGUGUUCCUAAUUGGACAGCAGUGGUGUUAAGCCAAAAAACAAAAAUUUGAUAAAAAUUGCCAAAAUGACUGAAAAGUGCUUGUUUCUUCGAUUUCAUUAUUUUGACGAGCACCUGAUUUCCCCACGAUUUUUCACAAAUGUGUGGAGCAGUUCCCCUAGAAGAUUUUUAUAGGGACGCAGGGUGGUAGUCGGGACAGGUUCAUGUUGAAGGUCAUCAUGGGCAUGAUGUGUGAGCUGCUGAUCAGUGACUUGUAAUCGUCGGACUACGUUUUUGAUUAGGAUAAGUGUUGUAGCUCCAGGUAAACCCAUGUGGUCGCUUACGGUCCUCUAAUACAGUUCUCUGCUCAGAGCGGGUACCUUUCGUGUUUGUAUAAUAAAUAUUAUGUAAAUGCAUUCAUUUUUAGUCUGCAUGUGAUGUUAGUGUGACUCGAAUUUCCGUUUACUGUAAGUUGAGGAAACAAUUGUAGUUACAAUUUUUUAAAAUCGAGCUCAGCCCAAGUCAGGGUAGACGUUUCAUGAUUUUUGGCCCUUUUUUUUUUUUCAAAUUGAUUUUUAGCAACAAAGUCGAAGUUUUCAUUCAGUGUUUUGGGUUUUUUUUUCCUUCUAUGUAGUGUCUUUUAGUGGCAGUUGAUAUGUGUAGGUUAAUGUGUGUCUGUGUAUGCUUGUGUGUGUGUGUGAGUGUGUGUGUGUGUGUGUGUUUGUACGUUCAGUGUAUGCUCUUAGACAAGAUUUUGUUAUUUGUGUGAAAAAAUAUCUUUGAAAUUGUGAAAAAUGAGUUGAAAAGUAAUUAAAAACAGUGGCCAUGAAUAUCUUAAGUGAGAAGAAAUGAAUGCAUCAUUGGCUGCAAGACUGUGCUACUCCUCCCAUGAGUGGCAGAAGAGACUGUGUACAGAUUUUGCUAGUAUUUUACAGCAUAAUGGUUAUAUCACAUAUUUUACCUUAGCUUGGAAUUAUUGUGUACAUAUAUGUAUGUGAUACAAUCAAAACUGAAUUCAAUAAAAGCUGAAAAAGAAAGUA